AAGGAAGGCUGCCCUGCUACAGCCUGUUGAAACCGGACAACUCAGCUUCAAAGGUGGAGAGUUAAUCUGUGAGAGAAAAUCAGAGGAGGAUCCCAGUAACAGAAUAUCCUACACUCCCUCAUCAACAACAUGGGGGCUCUUGUCUCACGGUGGAGGGCUAAACCAUCCACUGUAGAGAUUUUGGAAGGGAUCGAUAAGGAUAUACAGAUUCUUGAAGACUAUAGUGAGAAGUAUCAAAGGCAGUUGAAGAUAUGGGUCGGGCGACUGCUUCUGUACUCGUCUCUUCUCUACCUGAUGACAUGUAUAAUUGUAUAUUUCUGGUACCUGCCUGAGAAGUUAAUGGAGCGGCUCAUAUUGUGUCUUCCCUUCCUAAUAGUUCCCCUAUUAGUGUGGUUACUUCGUAAAAUGCUUAUAGUUUUUUUCUCACGAAGAACUGAAAAAAAUAAUGACAAAUUAGACGAUCUUAAAGCACAAAAAAGGAAAAUACUUGAAGAAGUUAUGGAAACUGAGACAUACAAAAAUGCUAAAAUGAUUCUGGAGAGAUUUGAUCCUGAUUCCAAGAAAAAAAUUGAGCUUGAAUCUACUCCAGUUGGACCUCAGAUGACUCCAAAACCAGGACAAGAGCUCCGCCAGCGUAAUGUCAUCCCAAAGACCCCAGUGGUGGUGAAUCCUGCAGGCAGUGCUGCUGCCCGCCCUCCUCUUGCCUCUGGGUCCACCUAUCCUGGACGAUCUUCCCACUCUGCUCCAGGUGGACCCCCAGAGAGGGGCCUGUCGGCUAUAGCUGCUCAGCAGAGCUUGAUGAGGAAGCCCAUGACCCCUGGAACACCUGUUCCAGGAGUUGGGAUGCAUCCCCCAGGUCCACCCUUGGCCAGACCUGUGUUCCCAAGGGAAAGAGGCGCUAUGGACAGAGUCGUUGAGUAUCUUGUUGGAGAUGGCCCUCAGAACAGAUACGCUCUCAUAUGUCAGCAGUGUCUGUCCCAUAACGGCAUGGCAUUAAAAGAGGAAUUUGAAUACAUCGCCUUCCGAUGUGCGUAUUGUUAUUUCUUGAACCCUGCAAGAAAGACCAGGCCUCAGGCACCCAGACUCCCUGAGGUCACUGGCGAACUGAAGAUGUCACCUGAGACACACUUACCAUCGUCUGGUGCUGACGUAGAUGACGAGCAAUCUGUUUUAGGGAAAUCCAAGCUUGCUGAUGCAUCUGCUGAAACUGACACCCAAGAGCCAGGCACACUAACAACUGCAGAGUCCAAUUCUGUGUCAGACGGCCAAAGCACCCCAGAGUCACAAGACUUGCCCGCUGAGAAAUCUGAUGGAGAGCAAGAUUUGUCUGCCAUGGAAGUGGAAUGAAGCAGUGGAGUAGUGACUUCAACACAAGGCAGGCUAGAACUUUAUUUUGUCUUUGAAGAAACGUGAUAGCUUUAAGUAAAUGCCGUAAGUUGGAAUAACACAGUAACAAGCCAGCACCUGAUAUGAUUUUCAACUUACAGUACACAAUGUCCUUUCUUUUGAGAAUUGUUUUUAUAGUCCUAGCAAUAGUAAUGAAUUAAAUCCCAAAGCACUAGCAUUUGGUAACAACUGCCAAACAACCCAUCUUUCUAAUAAUGAUUACAUGUUCAGCCAAUUUUCAUAACAUCAUAUUGGAACUUAUAAGGAUGAUACUAGAUUAAGUUGUUUUUCGUGUUUAUAUAGGAAAAGUUUUUUUUUUUUUUUAUGUUUCUUUUCCUUAUUUUAUUUGUUUUUGGCUGAAUUCUAACAUUUUGCUAUCUUGGUUAACAGGAAACUGCAGAAACAAAACAUGAAAUAUUUUGGGGGAAAAUACAUUUUUAUUUAUGGUGAAUUAUUUAUAAAUAUUUUUCUACAAUGCAGUGCCUUUCAUGACCAUGUUGACUGGGGUUCUCUUUAGCACAGUAGUGCUAACAAACUGUUUACACACCCAUGGUAUCGUAAUAGGAAUGUACUUACAAUAUGUAUUUAUUACUGAAAGGGAGAAGAUUUAUGUCAGUACUGUGCACCUGCUUAAGUGCCUUUUAUAUUUUAAGUCUCUGCCUCAGAGUAUUGUCGAUACAACCUAUUUACAUAUAGACAAUAAAGUCAUUUAACUGUUUUCAGUCUUCAGUGACGGUCUCUGCUGAAUGUAUGAAUUCUGUUCUGUAUAAAUAAUACUAAA